AAUGAAAAAACAUGUCAUUGUCAAACUUGACUUGUCGAGCCUGAAAUUGUUUUUUCAUUGCGCAAUAUAAUAAUCACCUUAUACAAUCAAAAUAAACAAUUUUAAAAUAUAAAAUCAUCAAGUUCAUUCUAUAUUUCCACAAUGGCAACCAAUACAUUAAUGGACAAAUUAAGAACAUUCUUUGGAUUCCGGCAGGAGCCACCGAGGAAUGACUUUAGGAAUCCGAUAUGGGGAACGGACGACUACGACGAUGGAGACGAGCUCUAUACGAAACACCAGAUGACACCCUACGACCCAAACGACGUGCACAGAGAAUUUUCUAGACAAAUCAAUGAGAUGUUUAGAUCUUUCGGCAGCAUUUUCGAUGAUAUGAGAUCGAUGUUUCAAGACGACCACUUGGAUAACUUUGCCGGAUUUGCUGAUAUGCCAUCCGAACCUGACAAUUAUAACAGCAAAAGCAUAAGAGACUACUAUUUGAAGCCUGGUUACCAUAGUGAUAAGCAUGAAGAACCCAAAGAUAUCGAUUUGGACGGUAAGAUUUCAUCCAAUGAAAUUUCUGGUUUAUUAAAACAGAAAGGUGAUAAGCAUGAUCAGAAUUCUUUGGUGCCAUUCAGCGGAGACAUGAUUCCCGGUAGAUCAUUUUGUAAAACUGUCAUUACAACAAGUGUUACCAAACCUGAUGGCACAAUGGAAACUAGGCGAAUCAUAAAAAAUGGUAAUGAGAUUGUUGAAGAAACUGUUACCUCCACAGGUCCAUCUGACUCAAGAGGUCCAUACAAUACUAGUUCCGAUUCUUUAGCGCCAACUGGUUUUAUUUAUAGCCAUGUUUUGUCUGAAUUAUCAUCAUUGUUUAAAAAUUUCUACUAAAAUAUUACUGUACUUAAUUCACUACACUCAAUAUAACAAUUUUUAAUAAAUAUAUUACUUUUAGCUUAUAAGUUUCAAAAUAGAUGUCUUAAAUAAAAUUUCUUGUGCAGCUACAUGAUAAAUAUUCAAUUUAUAUAAAUGUGAUUACAUCUGAAUAGAAAAUAGUCUCAUAUACUUUUUUAGGGCUAGUAAAAUGGUCUAAUUUUUAUUGUAUACAUUUAUAUUAAACAUUAGUA